AUCCACAUUUUCAACCAAAUAUUUGCAUAUAAAUAGUGCUAAUCCUUCUUGCAAUUCCAUCAUCACAAAUUCUUGCAAUUUUACAUUUACUAACACAUUAUAACUAAAUCAUGACUUCUUACCACAAGUCCAUGUCUGCAUUUCUUUGCUCUCUCCUCCUUUCUUCCAUCUGCUUGACAUCCUUGGUUGAAUCCUCCAACACCGGUGGCAUCACCGUCGACUUAUUCCACCGCGACUCGCGCCAUUCGCCCUCCUACGACCCCUCCAACACGCGUUUCCAACGCCUAAGAAGCGCCUUUGAUCGUGCCUUUUCAAGAAAAUCUUCCUUGAUGGCAUCACGAUCGACAUCCACGUCCACGGACUCCGUAGAUGCUCCGAUCAGUCCUGCCGGAGGCGAGUACCUAAUGAAAAUCAAGAUCGGCACGCCCCCGGUGGAGCAGUUAGGCAUUGCAGACACGGGAAGCGACCUAACAUGGACACAGUGCAAACCAUGCACACAUUGCUACAAGCAAACUUUACCUCUCUUCGAUCCUUCUCGAACCUCGUCGUACAGGCCGGUCUCGUGUGAGUCCGAGCAAUGCGCUGCAUCCGGAACCGCAUCCUGCGACGGCAACAACAGCUGCCAGUAUCAGGUCUCGUACGGCGACAGAUCAUACAGCUUCGGCGAACUUGCAGUGGAAACCCUAACCUUCGACGGAGGCGUGUCCUUCCCCAAGGUCGCCUUUGGCUGUGGCCACGACAACGAGGGCACAUUCGGCCAGACCGGGUCGGGGAUCGUGGGCCUAGGGGGCGGCUCGAUCUCGAUCAUCAACCAGCUGCAGAGCUCCAUUGGUGGCAAGUUCUCAUACUGCUUGGCGUUGCUGAACUCCAAUGCUACGAGCAAGAUCAGUUUCGGUAGCAGCGCCGUCGUGGCGGGCCCCAACGUGGUCUCGACGCCUUUGGUAAGGAAAUCACCUGAUACAUUCUACUAUCUCACACUGGAGGGAGUGAGUGUUGGGACAGAGAGGGUGGACUAUAAUACAGCUGCCGGCGAAGGCAACAUCAUCAUCGACUCGGGGACUACACUGACGUUCGUCCCAUCGGAGUUGUACGACGGGGUGGAGUCAGCCUUGGAGAAGGCGAUGACGGGCAACCGCGUGGAGGAUCCACGAGGGAUGUUCAAGAUGUGCUAUGAAAUGGGGGGUGAUGGUGGGAUCAGUUCACCACCUGUGACAGCACAUUUCAAGGGUGCAGACUUGGUUCUGCCAGAGGAGAGCAUUUUUGUGGAGGUGGAGCAAGGGAUUAGUUGUUUGACACUGGUGGCGUCGCAGGAUCUGGCUAUUUUUGGGAAUCUGCAUCAGAUGAAUUAUCACAUUGGGUAUGAUCUUGUGAAGAGGGAGGUGAGCUUUCAGCCAACAGAUUGCUCCAAGCCUCAAUGAGAAUCACAUGCUGAAUCAAGUGUUUUUAUGGGCUUUAAUUUGUAUUUACUAUAUGUUUCAUUGUUGUGGUUUUAUAUUGUUCAGUGGUAGAGUAUUAAUUGUGUAAGUCAUGUGAUUUUCUUUACUAAUGA